UUGGUGGAACAGGUCUGUUUUAUGUGACAUGAGUACAUUUUCCUGUUAAGAGGUUCAGCAGACAGUUUGAUUCAGCUGCACUGAAGGUUAGAAUUUGCCAUUCUGACUUGAGUUUGCUCAAAAAAUGGAGAAGUCUUCUAUCCAGGGUAAAGUCUGGAUUGUGACUUUUUGGGCUCUGUUGAUGCUGCACAAAGCUGCAGAACAAGAGUACUUUGUCCAGGACAGAGCUGUCACCUGGGAACAGGCCAGGAACCAUUGCCAGGUUUGCUUCAAAGAGUUGGUGACACUGACCCCCAGCAACAUCCAGACCAUUGUCUCAAACCUCAGCUCUCACUACUGGGUCGGCCUCCGGAAAAACAUAAGCUCCCCCAAACGCAGUUUACACAUUCCAUGGUCACUCUGGGCCAACGGGGAUCCCCUCACUUUCCAGAACUGGUACCCUGGAUGGCCUGUGGCCAAACCAGUUGUAAUCGAGAAAGAGCCCAGUUGCUGCCAAGGUGAUGCUCUGUUCGAAAAUGUUACAAGCGCUAACGUAACGGACACCAUGAUGACCCAGCCAACAGCAGAAUCGCUUAUAAUGAACAGCUCAGUUCCGCCCCCACUGGAAGACUCUGUUUACCUUCCUGUGUAUAUUGAAGACUCUUGCGUGGCCAUGACCAGCUUUGGGGCGUGGACUGAGAAGGAAUGCUCCAAGCGGCUGCCUUUUAUUUGUUAUGAGGAACCUCUCUACAGCAAUGCCACUGUGAGCAACGUCACUUCCAGUAGUGCCACUCUGUCGUGGUUGGCUGGCCCUGGCAACAUCUCCUACUACAGAUUAGACGUCAACGAUUUAACCAUUCCGAGCCUGGCCAAUAGGACUUACGACCUUGUAAAUCUGACAGCAGGCACUAAGCACUCAGUCCAAGUGUUUUCUGUCAAGUGCGGCAGACACUUCAGCCCGCAAAAUGUCACCUUCUACUCCAAACCUGGAAAGAUCCAAAACCUCAACAUUACCAAGCUGAAUGAAACCUCUGUGUUUCUAAGAUGGACUAAACCAGUUGGAAACACGAGUUUCUAUAUGAUCGAGGGUCACGGUUCACCUGGGGUGAUUGUUACUGAUAAAGAAAGCAUAGAAGUCGGUGGUUUGAUACCCGGAGGAAGGUACACGCUGAGCAUCCGUACCACAGUGGAAGAUAGAAGCAUCUGGAGUGAAGCACAAAAUAUCACAUUAAAUACAAAGCCAGAAAAAGUGUCUGACCUAAAGGUGUCUGAUAACACUAAUAACUCAGUGCAGCUUAGUUGGGCGCCACCUGAAGGAAACACCACAGCUUAUUGGGUGGAAGCUGGGAAUGGCACUCAUAUAUUUUUUUCCCGAAACAUCUCUAAUGCCAGUCACAGUGUGAAAGUAACGGACCUGCCGGUGGGCUCCCGUGUGACGCUCAAUGUGACAGCGUUGGCUGGUGAUACUGUGGGAGACCCUGUGACCGUCACCAACUUCACCACUCCGGGACCCAUUUUAAACCUGUUUCUGCCCACAAACACUCACAGCCUGAAUGCCAGUUGGGUCCCUCCGAAGGGGAAUUAUACACAUUUCAUUGUCAAGAUCCAGCUUCAAGGCACAGGUGACGAAAUAGUCGCUCCAAACGUUACAGAAACGACAAAACACUUUGACAACCUGAAGACGGCAGCCAAUUACACCGUGACCGUCUACACUGGCAACGAACACCUCACAGGCCCACCGUUUAGUUGCUUCAACAUCACCCUGCCAGUACCGCCGUCUAACGUCAGCAUCGCGUCUUUGAAUAAAAGUCACAUCACCGUCCAGUGGAACACCCCCAGCAAUGCAGCAACAUCCAAAUACCUGGUCAACAUCCGCUCCGAUUUCUGGAAGCAACACAGGAAUUUUACAUUGACCAAUCAAACCUGGAUCACCGUGGGCGAGUUGAAAUCAGGAAGUCUGUACGAGUUUGAAGUGCAAACAGUGGUGGGGGAGGUUCUGAAAAGUGAGGCCCAACACAUUUCAGCGCACACAGAUGCAGAGUUGAGAGAAAUCAGCCUGUCCAUGAUGUGCUCCUCAGCGGAGCCGCUCUUCUGUGACAAAGAAGACACCAGGACAAAUGUUCUGGAAAAGCUGCGCUCACAUUUCUACAACGUGCUCGGGGAAAAAAAUGUCACCUGGAUGCUCAACUGGAGGAAAAACUGAAAAGAAACACAAAAUGUUUGCGUAAUUUGACAUUGGUGGAGUAAUUUAAAUACAAAGGUAAUAAUGUGUUGAUGUAAUAAUGUAUGGAAUUGAGCAUAAUCAUGAAUUUGGUUGGUUAUCACUCAUUAAGUGCUUGUUACCUUGAGUCUGCCAUAAUUUGAUGUUUCAGUGUCAAAUUAUUUGGGUGAUACAAAUUUCUAUUUGCGCUAACAAAACCCUAUUACAGAAACUGAAGCGGUACCAUGGCAACGGUCAAAAACAAGCCAAAUUCACCCACUACUUGCAGUUGCCCAGAUAAAUUCUCAAGGUUCAUUUUGUCCUCCAGGUGUAAGAGAAACGCAGGAUCAGGGCUGAGGUUGUUUUUGAGGCCAUCAGAUAAAAAUAUGGUAUUGAACACCUUUAAGAGAGAACACCGGCACCAAGGCGAAAAGGGCUGUGCACGAAGGAGGAAGCGAUUAAUCCAAAGUUGACAUUUAAAAAAGGCUCGAUAUUUGGCCUGGUGAUCGACUUAAACUUGUUUUCAUGUGGCUUUUAUAGUAAUGUCUUGAUUGACAGCCUUUCAGGUCUUAUGAAGGGGUUUCAAUAGCUGCUGUUUGACCGGCUUAAAAUACAGAUUUAUUGUGCCCUUGUAAAAGAGAUCUCGAUCUGAGUGUGACUAACCUUGUUACAUAAAGGUUAAAUUAAAAAAUCAAAUUGUCAUGAUGAAUUGUUUUCAACAUAAUAACUGAGCAAAUCUUGCAUGUCAGGUUCUAAUCAUGGAAAUAUUCACUCAGAAACAUCUGUAAUAUAUAUUACAGAUAAGUGAGCAUGUGCUGUGUCUUCUUCAAGCUGUUCUGUGCUGCUGGCUGGACGCAGGUGUCCACCCACUGAACGUUUUUCAAUUAACCGUGAAUUGUGCCCAUAUCUGGAAUUCUAAUCUUCAUCCAUGCUGUUUAAAGACAGUCAUCUUAGUGUCGGUGAACUGUUGACACAAUGGAGAUAAACUGGAAUAAAUUAACUUUUUAUUUUCAUGUAAUUUUUUCAUGUAAUACAUUUUAAUUGGCGUAACAAAUAUUGUUCGGUAAUAUUAUAGAAGACGUGCAGUUGAGAAAACAGACUGACAAUUGUGAGUCAACGUGUAUGUAAAUGUACGUCUAAGUGUAAGUAGUGUUUGCAUUUUGUUGUCCCCCCAUUGCCAUGGUGUAUUCAUGUUCCACGAUAGCAAAUCGAAAGUGGUAUCUUACAAAUAAUUUGCCAUCAGAAUUACAUUAGUAUAUCUUCAUAUCCGUAUAACAUCCACUAACGUAAAAACAGAUGUGCUGACGUACCGGUAGGACAUGACGCAGUAAAUCCACACUUUCAAAUGCAAAGGGGCAACUGUGCCAGACGAGAUGUAAAAUGUCACAUUGGAAAAAGGUUUUUCACAGCUAUUAUUUUGCCUUCAUGUAUCACAUAGCAAAUGUGUAACUAUCUUUUUGUUGUUGUUGUUUUUUUGGGGGGUGAUCUGCCCCAUAUAUCCAUUCCAAUUUCAGUUUAGCUCUUGAGGUUGUGAACCAUUAAGACACACAACACAAAAAUAACUCAUGAGAUUUUAUUUUGUUGUCAAUAGAUUAAACUUAAAUUUAUACAUAUAUGAACAUAACUGAAGUCUAAACUGACUUUCUGUGUUUGUCCUGCUUUUCAUAUACAUUCAUUCACACCACAUGUCUUAUAAAACAAACAUUCCUUUUUAAUGUUCUAAUGCUUUAUUUAUUUAUUUAUUAUUUUGUGUAUUGUCACUGUUCAUAUGUGUGUGUGUGUGUGUGUGUGACAGAAGAACUUAUAAAGUGAGGUAUUGCAGCACAAUAAAUUCACAUAUAUAGGGUUUAUUAAAAAAAAUAUAUAAAAAAAAAAAUCCACUUUUGCACCCCAAAAAAAAAGAGUUAAAAAAGGGGGUUGGCACAUCUAAUCCUUUUCAGCUUUGCAAAAGUGAAAUAAAUGUAUCCCAAGAGCAUUUGUAUAAGGUGUAUGUCGUAAAACAGAAAGCAGUUUUACCCCCCCCCCCCAAAAAAAAACAAACCAAAAUUUUUUUUACAUUUUUACACAACUCUGAGCUUAAAAAAAAAAAAAAAAAAAAGGACAGUGCAGAGAUUACAAAUAAAUAGAGAUUGUGAAAGUGCUUUAUAAAGUGCGUGGACAAAUGUCUUUGUCAGUGGCGUCUCUAGAUUUAUUUUCACUGGGCACGGAUUAAUAUUGGGGUGGUAUGAAUUACAAAUCCAUACACGCUAAGUGGUAUGACACCCAACUCAAAUAACCAAAAUGCUUAUUGCACCUCUUCACACAUAUAAUUGACAAGUUUCUCAUCAGUGUUGAAUCCAAGUCUCAUCUUUGAUCGGGCAGAUGGCCAAUGACGGUUGACAAUAAUGGGAUGGCACCUGGAUUGCCCAAUCAGAUCUCAGGCGUGAUCUGUGCCACCUAAGGUCACCUCUUGGACCCAUCUAUGCUUCAGGUUUUCACUUUGUGUAUUUGAGGGCAACGGAUAUAUGUAAUGUAAUGUGUACACUUUUUAUAUUUAGAAUGU